AUGGCUAUAGAUCCUGAAAGUUUUUAUGGAAAAAGGAAAAACUGCAAAAGCACAUUUGAAGAAAAUAUUGAGAAAUAUAAAUUACUAAGAAAAAUUAAGACACAUAAUGAAGGAUGUGAUAGAAAAAAUAUAAAGAAAAGAUAUUUUUAUAAACAACACGAAGUUCUUUCAUAUUAUGAUGAUUUGAUAAAUGAUAAAAGUAUAAGUGGAUAUACAGAUAUAAUUAUAUACACAGAAGAAAUGGAAAAUGGGAAAAGAUGUUUUAUUUUGGAAUCAUUUUAUUCAUUUUUAAAAUAUUAUUGUUUUUAUGCUAUGUCAUUAAAUGAAAUAUAUUUUGUUAAAAAUGAAAAUAUAAAUAAAGAAAAUACAAUUAAUGAGCAAAUACAACAUGAUAUAGACAACAAAAAUUCAAUUAAAGGAAAUCCUGAUAUGCAUUUAUAUGAGCUUAUCUUAACUAAUGAAAAACGAUGGUUAUAUUUCGAUAUAGAAUAUGACAUAAUAAAUAAUUACGAAAAUAAAGAAUCUAUAUUGUUUAUCUUUCUUAUCGAGUUUUGUUUAUUUAUGUAUUCAAAUUUUAACAUAAAAAUAUGUUUAAAUGAUAUUUUAAUUUUAGAUAGUUCAACAAAUAAAAAGGUAUCUUUUCACAUAAUAAUAAAAAAUAUACACACACUUAAUAAUGAUUAUUAUGAAUAUUUAAUAGAUUAUUGUAAUUUUUAUAUAUCACAAAAUGAAAAGGAACAAAAAUCAGGCAACCCAUUUUAUGAUAAAUAUAAAAAUAAACAAUACAAAAGAAAUCAUAAUAAACAAAAUAAGAAAAACAAACCGAAUGAACAUAUUCAAGAAUAUGAACAAAAUUAUUUACUUUUUGAUGAUGAAAAUUCUAUAAAACACUUCGUUGAUUUAUUUUUAAAUCAUAUAUCUGAUCAUAUAAAAUACUGUGAAAGUUGUUUUCUUGUUAAUCAUACAACCGUUUAUAUAGAAUGUGAAGAUUUAGUGGAAUUAAACAAUAAUACAAGUUUUGUGGACACAAAUGAAAUGUAUAAUAAUAAUAAGGAAAGUCAACAUUUUUAUGAUGAAAAAGAAAAUAAUCAUAGUGAUAAAAAUAAUCAUAGUGAAGAAAAUAAUCAUUGUGAUGAAAAUAAUCAUUGUGAUAAAAAUAAUCAUUGUGAUGAAAAUAAUCAUUGUGAUGAAAAUAAUCAUUGUGAUGAAAAUAAUCAUUGUGAUAAAAAUAAUCAUUGUGAUAAAAAUAAUCAUUGUGAUAAAAAUAAUCAUUGUUAUAAAAAUAAUCAUUGCGAUAAAAAUAAUCAUUGUGAUAAAAAUAAUCAUUGUGAUAAAAAUAAUCAUUGUGAUGAUGAUUUACAAAAAAUUAUAAACGACUUUAGUGAAGUUACAGACAUUCAACAUAUCAAUUACAAUUUCAUGUCAAUCCCUUUUAUUCAAAAUAUGAAUAGAAAUAAUUGUGAAGAAAAAAAAACAAAAGGAUAUUUUCAUUUGUAUAAGAACUCACUUGUUGAUAUUAUUACACAUUAUAUAAAUUAUUUGGAGAAAUUAAAAGAAGGAGUAAAAACACAUUGUAAUUAUAUUGUACUUUUAUAUGCAUUUAAAAGAGAAGAUAAUUCUGAUCAGAAUUUGGUUUAUGAUAUGAAUAUGUUAAAUAUAAAGAAAAACAAUUUUGUUAGCAAAAAUGAUCUUAUACUAAAUGAUUGUGAUAAUACUAAUAAUAAUUAUGAAGAAAAGAAUUCAUUACUUAUAAAUGAGAAGAAAAAUAUUAUAAUAGAAGAUGAUAAAUAUAUGGAAGAAGAACUAAUAGUACUUUUUGAAAAAAAACCUUAUAAUUAUGAACACAAAGAAUAUAGAAAAAAAAAUAAUAAUAAAAUUCAUACUUUAAAAUGUAUUAUUGAUAGUUCAGUCUAUAGUAAAAAUCGAAACUUCCGAUUAAUUUUUUCAAGUAAGAAAAACAAAAAAAAUAAAUUAUUAUUAAGUACAAAAAAUGUGAAGAAAUAUCAAAAAACAGAUAUUAAUGAUAUUAUACUCAAAAGUUUAGUUACCUUUUAUUUUAAAAGUGAUGUAAAUUAUAAGAUAAAUGAAAGUAGGUUUUGUAAUAAAAAUUUGUUGAAUAAUACCAUGAAUUAUUAUUUUGAAAAUUUAUAUGAAAAGAAACAAAUCAAUAAUGAUAUAAAUGAUAUUAAUAAUAAUAAUACACACAAUAUAAAUGAUAUUAAUAAUAAUAAUAUACAUAAUAUUAAUAAUAAUAAUAAUAAUAAUAAUAUACAUAAUAUUAAUAAUAAUAAUAAUAUACAUAAUAUUAAUAAUAUACAUAAUAUACAUAAUAUACAUUAUAUUAAUUAUGAUAAUAUAAAAAAUGUUUAUUUUAAAUUCAAUCAUAUGAAUUCUUCAAAUAAUUCAUUUAAAUUAUUAAAACAUAAAAAUAUAUGUAUUCCUAAAAAUAAUACCUUUGAUAAAUAUGCAAUACAAAAUCUAGAACAUUUUCAUAAUAUUUUAAAAAUACUCUUUUUCUGGAAUUUUGAGUUAUAUAAAAACUUUAGAAAAAAUAAAAUAUAUCUCAAUUGUUUUCAGAAUGAAAUCAAAAAAGAUUAUUUUUAUAAGAUCGUUCGAAUAUAUAAUAAUAUGGCAUUUGAAAAUUAUAUAAAGGAGGAUAAUUCUAAUAUGAAGAAAUAUAAUGAAGAAAAUGAACAUAUUUUUGAAGAAAAAUUCUCUUUAGAAAAUUCGAAGAAAAUAUGUCAACUUUCAAAUAUUUUUGAGAAGGAAAAUGAAAGCAAAGAUAAAAAUAACGAACCAAAUCGAAAUCAAAAAGAGAAGAAUGAUAAAAAUGAACCAACAUAUAAUACAAAGUGUGAUUUAAAAAUUGAAGACAAAAAUUAUAUUAAUAUAAAUAAUAAUGUACAAUUAAAAGGUUCAAAUAAAUAUAAUACUAUAUGUACAAAAAAAAAAAAAAACAUAUAUGAAUAUGAUCUUGAUAGUUACAAUAAUUUAUUCCUAAAAAGUGAAAAUUUCUAUAUAGAUCUUUUAAAUGAAUAUAAAAAUGUUUUUUCUAAAGAAAUCCGUCAAGAUGAUUUAUCUCUUUUAAUAAAAUAUUUCGUACACUCAUUUACAUCAAAUAAUGAAGAAUAUAUUAUUAGUUUGAAAGAUAAUAAAUUUUGUAAAAAUAAAAAUAGGUCACAUAAAUCAAAUCAUAUAUAUAUAAUUUAUAAUUAUAAGAAAAAACUCUUUGUUCAAAAAUGUUUUGAUCAUGAGUGCGCGCACUAUAUUUCGGAAAUAUACUAUUUGUGA